UAUACGAUUGUAUACGAUUUUCUUACUUAGAUACUCUACUGUUAUUCUACUUUAGACUUUUAUAAUAACAAUAAUAAAAAUACACGUUAAAAUUGUAAUAUUUGAUUUACACUCAUUCGUUUAACGACAUAAUGACGGUCAUUCGACGGUACUUUACAUAUCUAGUAACUUCAGCAAUCGAUCUUCGCUAGGAUUAUUUCUACUUCAAAAUUCUCAGAUGCUAACCAAAGAAGAAAUGUUCGUAUGAGAGAACUUAAAAUAUGGUAAUCUAACACGAUUGUAAUAUAUCGGUGAAUUUCUUCUGUGCUUCUGGGAAAAUUGAAGUUCGUCGGUUAUUGGAAAGUGCAACGAACCAGCCGAAUGAAAGUGUCGCAUCUUGGUUGCGAAAAAUUCAGUCCCGUUCCAAAUUCCGAUUGUAUACAUGUCAUUGGAAAAGGAAUCGAAACUGAAACAGCAUGUCUGAAGUUGUUGGCCAACAUGAAAUUAAUCAAAGCUACUGUUUCAAAUGGAAUGAUUAUGAAAAUCAUUUAUCCGAUGUAGUUAAACAACUCCUGGAGGAAGAUUGUAUGGUUGAUGUUGUACUGGCUGCUGCUGGAGAACGCAUUCAUGCUCAUCGUAUAGUUCUCUGCGCUUGUAGCACUUUGUUUCGAGAUGUUCUGAGUCAAGUGAAUGAUUAUCAUCCGACAAUAAUAUUGAGCGAUAUAUCUGCACAGGAUAUAAAAUGUAUUAUAGAAUUUAUUUAUCAUGGGGAAGUACGAGUUCCAGUAGAGAACAUUAGCAGUUUAUUGGAUGCUGCUCGUUCCUUAAAAAUAUGUGGUCUCAUCGAGAUUGAUGGGCUUGAUGAGAAUGAUUCAGUUACGAGUCCGAAAGAUUUUAAUGAUAAUAACGAAGAAUCAAUGACUGUAAUCAAUGAAACAGAAGAAAAUGUUAUUAACUCACUGCAACACAGUUACGAAGAUUUGGAAGAUGAACAGGAGCAAAAGUUAACUGAAAAUUCUACUUUAAGUAAAAGAAAAAAACGCAGACGCGAUACAACAAAGAGAGAUUAUAGCGACGAUAUGUUAGCAUCAGCAAUUGAAGACUUGAAAACAGGUCAAACGUUAAUAGAAGCUUCGACUAAACAUAAUAUACCGCGUUCCACACUAUACAUGCGUGCUAAAGCAUUAGGGAUACAUUUAAAUGCAUCGAGGAACGAGUAUCCAGCUGAAUGUAUGAAGGCUGCCAUAAAUGCUGUAAUUGGUGGGUCAAGUUUGCAACAUGCAUCAGAAAUGUUUAGUAUACCGAAGACUGUAUUAUGGAGAAGAAUUCAAAAAGAAGGCUAUCAAAUAUUACGCUCUGAAAUGAAGAGAUCCUAUGGUUCUGAUAAACGAGAAGCUGCAGUCAAAGCUUUAGAGAGGGGAGAGAAUUUGACGAAAGUAGCGCUUGAAUUUAAGAUUCCAAAGACCACUUUGUUCAGGGAUAAAGCUCGGCUGGUAGAUGAAGGAAAACUGCCAUUAUCAUUUUGGAAAAAAAGGAAAACCGAAAACGAAGAAUUAAAGAAGUCUCGGUUAGAAGAGGCUGUUGCCGCUUGUAAAGGAGGAAAAAUGUCACAAGCAGCGGCAUCGAUGACUUAUCAUAUUCCUAAAACAACAAUAUGGAGACGCCUUCAACAAGACGGCAAAAAAUCCGAACGUUUGCCAAACUCGAGAAAGCAACGAACGGAUGCCAAACAUAGCAUAGACGUGAAGACACAAGAAGGAUCGGAUUUCACAUAUUGCGAGGUUUCAUCAGAAAUUCCUAUAACUUAUAUAGAUGAAAAUAGUAUACCUGAAGAUUCUGUGAUAAUAUUAACAGCAGAAGACAUGGAUGGAUUGAAUUUAGAAGAAGGACGACAAAUAAUUGUUAACUCGGAAUCAGUGCAAGAAUACGUUCCUUGUACAAUAAGUAUCGAAGAAAAUUCGAAUUAUUCGCAAACCGAAAGUUAACACAUUAAUCGUAAUUGUACAUAUACAAGUUAUUAAUGUUCUUUUUGUACAUACAAAUAACACACAUAUAUUAAAUUAGAAUUUCUUUAGUAAUACAUUAAUAAUGGAUAUUUAAUUAUUAUUAUUCAUACACGUUCUACAGAUAAGUCUGAUUGUUGUAAUUUUGCACAAAAAAAUUGUAUAUUAAUGCGUAUAGUUACAAUUUGUACUCCGAUCAUGUUUUGUAUGUUAACGAUUAUUAAAAUACAUAAAAUUAUUUAAUUUGUUGCGAUACGAUUAAAUUAAGUGUCAUAAUAACAAGCAUGUAUAUCAAUAAAAAUAAUUUUUCUCGGAAAUUCAAAAAUAUCUUCUUCGAUAGGUGGUUCUAUUUUUAGCGACAUUACAAAUUUGCACGUGGAUUGCUUUGAUCAUAUAGUCAAAGGUGGAUUGUAUGCGCACUCAGAUUCGGUAUCUGAAAAGCGUUGACGUUCGAUUCUAUGAGAGUACUCUAUGGUGUAUUUAUAGUUAUAUAUAUACAACCAUGAACAAGAAGGGGUAGCAAAGUAUAGUCGAGUAUAGUGACUUUCCCUUCACGCGACACGGUUGUGUAAGUGCAGUGUAUCUAACUUGGGUUGGAAAUGGGAAGUGGGAAGUAGGAGUAAGGUUGGGGAUAUUUAUUGAAAUGGUGUCUUGUGGCCGGUAAUGUUUUACUGUGGCGGUAUUAGGGAUAGAAAUUACGAAAUUUCAUCAUAUUACGCGAUAACCGAUAAACACGAAAAAUAUGGCCCAUCAGUUGUUAUUCUCGGCUGCGAAA